ACAGUAGAGAGACUUUUCUCUUUCCUCCAUCAACUCCUUUCUCGCGCCACCGCGCGCGCACACACAGAGGAGAGAGAGAGAGAGAGAGAGGGGAGAGUGGUGACAGUACGACUUCUACAACCUCCCAUCAUCGGCCAUCGUUAUCUUUGCGCUACCAACCUUCAGAAAAUUUUGAUGGAAGGGUUGAUCAGAGCACGAAUCAUCCCAGUUUGUGCUUAUUGUAGACAACAUCAUUCUCCUCUUACUCCAACAUUUACUUUGCAGCUGGCGAAAAGAGUGCUUGUAAGUCCAUUUGGGACAAUGAAAUAUCCUAAACGAUUGAAUUCUGUAGUUGCUCCAGUUCAGCUUCUGGAAGCUUCAGCAGCGGGCCACCUUGACAAUACGCUACCAUCCAAAGAGGUGCUUGAGGUGUGGCAAAAUGCAGAUGCAGUAUGCUUCGAUGUGGAUAGUACAGUAUGCCUGGAUGAGGGGAUUGAUGAACUUGCAGAAUUCUGUGGGGCUGGAAAGGCUGUUGCAGAAUGGACAGCAAGGGCAAUGGGUGGUUCUGUUCCUUUUGAGGAGGCCUUGUCGGCAAGAUUAUCUCUAUUUAACCCUUCCCUUACCCAAGUCCAGGAUUUCCUUGAAAAGCAUCCCCCAAGGAUUUCUCCAGGCAUAGAUGAGUUGGUCAAAAAGCAGAAGGCUAAAAAUACUGCUGUUUAUCUGAUCUCUGGAGGCUUUCGUCAAAUGAUCAAUCCUGUUGCAUCAAUCCUUGGUAUUCCACCUGAAAAUAUUUUUGCCAAUCAAUUGCUAUUUGAAAAUUGCGGGAAAUUUUUGGGGUUUGAUGCAAAUGAACCUACUUCAAGGAGUGGAGGGAAAGCCACUGCAGUUCAACAGAUAAGGAAGGCUUAUGGAUACAAGGCAUUAGUCAUGAUUGGGGAUGGUGCAACUGAUCUUGAGGCUCGUAAACCAGGAGGUGCAAACUUGUUUAUUUGCUAUGCUGGAGUUCAACUUCGAGAGGCUGUUGCAACAAAUGCCGAUUGGCUGGUUUUCAACUUUGGUGAUCUGAUAAGUUCCUUGGAAUAGUUUUAAUUCUUUUGUAUUUGUUUUUAUUUUAUCUUAUUUCUUUGUUGUUUGCUGCCUAGGGCACUUGCAUUUUAUUGUUGUAGUCUUCCAUUACCGUUACAAUAUUAUUAUUCUUCUUCCUUUAUAUUAAAGGAUAAUGUAUAAGACUUGUACAAGAAUUAAUAAAGAUUUUUCAGAAAAUAAUUUUUCCCUAAACAGAG